AUGCAGAGCCACGAGCCGAACGGCCCCUCAGCGACGCAGCACUCCAAUCUCGCACAGUCGCAAUCGGUGAAAUUGGUGAAUGGCACUCUGGCUGAUGGUAUCGCCCUCCACCGACAUCACACUUUCGGCUCAGCUUCCUUGGCACCAACCAUCGAUUCGAUCCGUCAACUCGCAAUCACCUUCAGCAUGGCCGCACAACAAUCACAGGGUAUCCAGACCCUCCUCGAGGCCGAGAAAGAGGCUGCCAAGAUCGUUCAGAAGGCUCGAACUUACCGAACUCAGAAGCUCAAGGACGCUCGCAGCGAAGCCUCAAAAGAGAUCGAGCAGCUCAAGUCCAAAAAGGAGAAGGAGUUCAACGAUUUCCAGAAGGAGCACGAGGGAUCCACUAGCAGCUCGCAAACCACCGUAGACAAAGAGACCGAACAGAAGCUCGAGGAGCUCAACAAGGCCUUCGAAUCGAACCGCGACGAGGUCAUCAAGAAGCUUCUCGACAGGGUCGUCGACGUCAAGACCGAGCUGCACAGGAAUCUUCAGCUCCAGCAGAAGCAGCAGAAGGCCUGA